CACUGUACACUUUGGAUGACAGCAACGAAACACUGCACACAUUGGCGAUGCUCAGCAUUAUGUUGAACUAUUAUUAUGUGCCGAUUUUGGUAGUUGGCGGCAGUUUGGGCAACAUACUGUCGGUCAUUGUGUUCUCCACCACGAAAUUGCGCAAAUUGUCGUCGAGCAUUUACUUGGCGGCGUUGGCCGUGAGCGAUACGUGUUUCUUGUGGGGACUCUUCAUACAGUGGUUGAAUUUCAUCGAUAUUCAAAUAUAUAAUCGUGAAUUCUUCUGUCAAUUCUUUACGUUCUUCAGCAGUUGGGCGUGCUUUUGUUCUGCGUGGUUCGUGGUGGCGUUCACCGUUGAACGCUUCAUUGCUGUGGCGUUCCCACUUAAGCGGCAGACAAUGUGUACGGUGCGUCGUGCGAAGUUCGUCAUCGGCGCGCUAACUGUAAUGGGCGUAUUGCAUUGUGUGCCAUUUUACGUUUCGUCGGCGCCCAUUUAUUCGCACAAAUUGGAGGCGGUCUUAUGUGAUGUGAAUUCGGAUUUGAAGAACUUUAUGACUUAUAUGAACUACUUUGAUACAUUGGUGGUUUUCGCGUUGCCAUUCGUUUCGAUAUUCAUAUUGAACACCAUAACCAGCUAUCGCGUUUGGAAAUUUGCAACUGUGCGACGCUCAUUGACAAUGCAAAAGAGGAAAACACAUCAAUUGUCUAGAGACUCGCUGAUGUCUUCAACGUAUCUUACGACUUCAUUGAAGAAUCACAAGAAUUCCACAGCGCAAACUAUGCUGACCGAACUUGAGCUACCGAUCUGCAAACGAAGAUUAGAGAAACAAAAAGUCAACAGCUCAUCGCAAUUGAAGGUAACUAAGAUGCUGUUAAUUGUGUCCUCCGUUUUUGUAAUUCUCAACUUGCCCAGCUGUGUGAUGCGCAUAGAAACGUAUUUGGAGACGCAGACAUCCACUAACGAGAAGGCCACAGUAAUUUGCCAGUACAUUUUUCAACUGCUUUUCGUCACAAAUUAUGGCAUCAAUUUUGUCCUAUAUUGUGUAAGCGGUCAAAAUUUUCGCAAAGCAGUAAUAAGCAUGUAUAGAAAUAUGUUUAAGCGGGCGACAACGCAGCGGGAAGGCACCACACAAGUGACAAGAGUGUCCGAGUACUGCCGCAACAGCGGCGCCACCAGCGCGUCCCAACGACGACGUGCCAUGUCGACGAAAAACUGGAUGGAAGCACACGAACUUCGGCCACUCAAAUAAUCAAUCAGCUGUGCGCCUGGUUGUUGUCGAAUCGCACUCAUUUUUUUGUCGUAAUAUUUUAUACGUUCGACGUGUAAAUAAAACUGAAUUUAAAUUGCAAACUUUUUUGCGAAUGUGCAAUUGUUGCUUGGAAAUCGCACGAAGUAGUGAGAGUAAACAAAUAUUUUUUUUAUCAAAUACUACAAGCAUAACUGUAUAUUUAACACACAUCUAGCAUAUUACUUCAAGCUGUCAUUAACUGUCAGUUGUGGCAUAAUUUGUAAGGUAUUUGUAAUUUAUAGAAUAAAAUGUUUGAGCACAGCUGGUAACUUUAAAUUUUAAAUUAAAAAUAAGGAUUUUGUAAGAACAUCGACUUUUUAAUGGUUGAGUAACUGUUUAAGAGGUUAUAAACACAUGUGAAUUGCCAAAAAACUAUUUUUUCUGUUUUGCAUUAUAUUGCAUGUACAUUUAUUUGAUAAUUUUCUCGGAAAAUUUUAAGUUAAUAUGGCAAUUAUUUCGAAGAUAUAUAUAGAAGGAAUUUUUUAAAUUGUGUUCAGCAUUGUAAUCGGCUCCGAAAACUUUAAACGAGUUUUACUCGACACUCUGUUUUCAGAGUCGAUGAGAAAAUUUUCGCCGAGACGGCUGAAUCGAUCUACUUGAAACGACCGGGUUAGAUAGUUUGUCAGGUACUGAUCUAAGGUAUACGAUUUUCGUUGAUAAUUUCGACUUUUUAAGCUACUCGGCAGCGAAAAAUUUUGAAAUCAUCUUGUCACUUUCUUCUCUAUUGCCUGGCUUUUGCCAGACUGAGAUUGAAAUAUCUUGAUAGACACAUCUUUGGAGCAAGUAGCGAAGUGACUGGGAUUGAUAUUAACCGCCUUAAUAAAUUUUUGGUUAACUCAAAGCGCUGUGUCGAUCUAUGCGGUGAUACGCUUUAAGAAGCUUUUAGGUAACACAAACGACAAAUAUUUGUCCAAGUGCGAUCCAACGAUUUUGAAUAAAUCCUACGACCUCUAACCUACCCCAAGACUUGCCUAUAAGUAACUUUCUAAAUACUCAAACUCAUACUGUUGUCGAGUUAAAAUGUAAAUCUAAAGCAAAUGGAAAAACAAAGGAAUCAAUAUGACUUAAUUUUCAUCUGAGGAUUUCAUACAGUAUUGUGAGUCUUAAUGCUCAUCCCUAAAUAGGAGCAAAACCGUCCAAAGACUGCCAAAAAUCCUAAUUUCUAUGAAAAUUGGUGAAGCCAGUUAAAUAAAAAAUUCCGGAAUAACGCGACGCUUCUGCUAAGAAAUUUGACCUUUUGAUUUUAGGAGAACUUAGAACUUAGCGGCUGAGAGCAGAAAAGCGAAUAGAAAAGAAGAUAAAGAUGAGAAAAAAAAUUUAAAUAUGCUAUUUUAACAGCUUCAAUAAUUAUCCUUCAUUAAGUCAUAUAUUAUAUAACAUGAACUUCUAUAAAAUUAGAAAACGUCAGAAGAUAGGGCGCACGUUAUAGCACCUAAAUUUGGGGACGGCAAAUUACAGAUUUAUAAAGCUAUCGAGUUGAGCAUCAUAAAUUUCUCUAAGGAAUUCAGAAUCACAUUUUCAUGUUAAAUAUAUAUUAUAUAAAUAUCUAUGUUAUAUAUACGUACAUUAAUUUAUAAAUUUAAAUUUCUCUCGUUAAUUUAUCACAAGGUUCUUUUGAGUGAUAUUUUAGUAAAGUGAGUAAUUUUAAUAGUGUCCAGCAACUCUCUCCCACCGGGAGAUAUAAAAUGCAUGAUUAGUCCAUCUAAAGCUUAUUAGUUAUUUGCAAUUACAUAUAAUUUCAAUAUAUGAAGGGUAGAGCGAUAGGGUAGAGCGAAAAAAAAAUUUUUUUUUUGGCCAAAAAAAUGUUUAACUCGUAAAUUUCGAAUUCGAAUUUUUCUUUUAAAAGUGAAAAAAUAUUUUUUUUCCCAAAAAUUUUCUAUUUUUAUAAUCUACAAAUAAUUCCCUCGGCUUAGCAAUACAAAAAAAAAAUAUUCGCUUCACCCUAAUGUACGUAGCGCUCCGUUUAAUUUAAUAUUUAUUUUAGUCAACGUUGGAGUGCAGCCGGUCAUUAAUUUCCAAUAUGUGAUUAGCUAACAGUUUGAUUAUGAAACAACAUUUAUGCAGAUACAUAUGUGUAUAUGUAUAAGUGCAUAUGUAAAUGCACAUAAAGGAUAAUUGUAUAAUUACGCAGCUUAAAUUUAUCUAGACAGCAUUAGCUUUGUGCAUAAUAUAUUGUUUGUAUUAAAUGGCUAGGCACUAAUGACAGCAUAAGUAUAUAUCAUAUAUAAUAUAUCAGUAAAUAAAUAGCUUUUGUUAUUGUUGUAAAAAUGUGCAAAUAUUUUAAUGAUUAAGGUUCACAAGGCAAAUUAUAAAAACAAAAUAACGGUAUGAAAAUAAAAUAUAUCUGUGUAAAAAUUAAAUUAUUUAAGCUAGAUUCGCAUGAUAGAAAAUCUCAUGAGAGAUUUGCUUUUGAUUGGUGAUCAGAACUUUAUUUUCAGAAAUGCUAAAAAUGUAUCAAUUAGAAAAGCAAAGUGGCGUAAAAAUUGUUAUUGUAAAAUAAAAUACAAAAAAAAAAUAUAUAUAUAUACCUAUAUAAAAUAUCACUCCCAAUUUAAUGUUUGAUAUGUUGAGACAUAUGAAAUAUGUAAUUUGGUUAAGCUGUUAUAUUUAGUUUGUAUUUAACUAUGUAAUAUUAGCGCGUCCGUUAUUUUCCAAGUUGCUUUUUUUUACUGACGACACCUGAAGUUUCACUUGUUGCCCUAAAAAAAAUUAGUCAAAAUAAACAAGCUCUUUAUAUGUUAUAUAUAACAUGCGAUUGUUUUAUAUUAUUGUAUUAAGCAGGUGAAACGACAACUUUGAAAAGGUGAUAGAUAAUCUAAUACAAAAUUUUACGCUCUACAAAAACAAGGUUUUAAUAAUUUUUCCCAUAAAAUCGUUGCUUUAAAAGUAAUACGCAGUUGAAGUUAUAUAUAAAAUGACCGGAGCAUUUAUACAAGUGAAUUAUAAAUACUGUGUUACUCAUACGACAUGGUGUACUGUAUGAAUACAGUGUGUACAUUUGAUGCAUAACUUUGAUUGCGCAUAACUUUUAAAGCACGUUUUUAUAGAAAAAUAAUAAUUAAGUAAUCAAUCGGACGGGCGACCAAACUUUGGGAUAAAACUCAAAUUUAAAAAAACAACGCCACCAUUUUGUCCGUUUUUCAUCUUAUUUUUGAUUGGGUUUGUUUUAUUUUUAGGUUUCAUCCACGGAGAAGGCCAGUGUAGCACCUUUUUUUAGUGCAGUAAAAAAUUUCACUGUAUAUUCUUGAAACAUGUAUAAAUAUAGCCUCUUUUAAGGCAAAACCUAAAACUUCAGGGGGAGUAUGAAAAACAAAAACAACUUGGGAUUGGCAGACGUGAUAGAUUUCUAAAAUGUGUGUAAAAAUAUUUUUCAUCAUUUCAAAUAAAGUAUGUUAUUAAGAAAUACCACAACAAUA